GCUUGUGAGAGAGAUCUAAAUCCUGAAUGAGCCAUUCUGCUGCUGCUGUGUGUGGUGCAGAAGUCUUGCUGCUAAAUCUCUUAGGAAAGGAGAAAAGAUCUUGGUGGAGAAAAGAGAUUUAUAAACUGUAGGAAAACAAGGUUGCUUAUCCUUUCAGAUUUUUUUUGCAGUACUGAAGGGAGAUGAGGUAAAUGCCAGAAUCUGAUCUGUUACUUUUAUACCCUCAGACAAAAUCCUGUUUCUGUGCUUGGUAAUGUGUUAUCUGCACAUCAAGAGAAAAUUACAGGCUUAUUUCACCUUGAUGGUCUGCCUUUCAAAUGAAAUGCAGGAAACAGUGAGUUGCAUCCAUUUCAUAGCCACACCUCACCUUUCAGUGCAACUACCAGUAUGGUGACCCUGAAAAUAAACUUGAAAAUGUGUAGUAUUGCACGUUGUGAGCUGCUGCAGCAGAGAACACUUUUGUUUGUCCCUUAGAGAGAGUAGAACAUUUUUUUUCUCAAAUGUCGAUAAUACAAAAUUAAAUUUAAAUCUAAUUAACAAAAGCCUGUGGCAUUAUGAGGAGUGUGGCUCUGGCACUACACAAGUAACCUCCACUGAAUUUUCCCACUGCUGCCAUCCCUUGGCCUUGGAAAAAAGGUAUUGUCUCCGUUAUUGCUGGUAUGAAAUACCCAGAGGAUUUGUAAGAAGCAGCAAGUGGUGUCUUGGUGUCUAUUCUUGCAACUGCACAAACACUUGGCAAUAAUUUAAAUGUUUCCAUUGCUCCUGAGGUAUCUGUGAUGUGACAUGUAAGUGUGAAAUUGUCAACUGCUGUCAUAAAAUUGGCAAUAAAAAUAAAGUGAUGCAGCAUGGAAGUCAUGAAGCCCAGGCUGCCUGACACCUUGAUGGAACACAUCCCUGGGAGGUGCUGAGAUAAUCAGCUCAUCUGAUGUGCUUUUUUUUUGGUUUUUUUUUUUGAGUCAGAGUGUCCCUGCAUGACAUCUUCAUCUGACACAGCUUCCUGAGUGCUUUGGAAUCUGCUCUCCAAUGCCAAUCCAUUCCCCUCAGAGAAGCACUAGGAAUCAUGCCUUGCUGGAGGCUGCAGGACCAAGCCAUGUGGCCAUCAAUGCCAUCUCUGCCAACAUGGACUCCUUCUCCAGCAGCCGCACAGCUGCCCUCAAGAAGCAGCCAAGUCACAUGGAAGCUGCUCACUUUGGAGACUUAGGCAGAUCGUGUCUGAACUACCAGGCUCAAGAGACCAAAUCAAGCCUUUCCAAGACCCUUGAACAAGUCCUGCAGGACAAUGUAGCCCUCCCUUACUUCAUCCAGUUCAUGGAGCUGCGCAGGAUGGAGCACUUGGUGAAAUUUUGGUUAGAGGCCGAGAGCUUCCACUCCACCACCUGGUCCCGCAUCCGCGCGCACAGCCUGAACACGGUGAAGCAGAGCUCCCUGGCAGAGCCAGUGUCCCCCUCCAAACAGCAGGAAUUGGCCUCCUCUCCUCCUGCUGGGUGGCUGGAGGAGAGACUGGAGGGCUCUGGCUCAGCCCAGCUGCUCCAUCCUGAGCCUGACAGAACUGCCAGCAGCCAGAACCACGUGGGGCUGCCGGGGCGGGAGAGCCACAGCACCGCAGCUCUGGCUCUGAGGAAACCAGAGACAGGGACUCACUCUCUUCCAGCUGAUCAGCAAGAAUCUUCCAAGCUUUCAGUAUCAAAUAGAAACAGCCCCUCUUCUGCACUAAAGGACUUGUCAGGAAAACUCAUGAAAAGUAUAGAACGGGAUGCAGUUAAGACUUUUACCAAAUAUAUUUCUCCAGAUGCUGCUAAACCAAUCCCUAUUACAGAAGCAAUGAGAAAUGACAUAGUUGCAAAGAUCUGUGGGGAGGAUGGCCAAGUGGAUCCCAACUGCUUUGUUACAGCACAGUCCAUAGUGUUCAGUGCAAUGGAACAAGAGCACUUUAGUGAGUUUUUGCGGAGUCACCAUUUCUGUAAAUACCAGAUUGAGGUGCUGACCAGUGGGACUGUGUAUCUGGCUGACAUUCUGUUCUGUGAGUCAGCCCUGUUCUACUUCUCUGAGUACAUGGAGAAGGAAGAUGCAGUUAAUGUAUUGCAGUUCUGGUUGGCAGCAGAUAACUUCCAGUCUCAGCUUGCUGCCAAAAAAGGCCAGUAUGAUGGACAAGAAGCACAGAAUGAUGCCAUGAUUUUGUAUGACAAGUACUUCUCCCUGCAGGCCACGCAUCCUCUGGGGUUUGAUGACUCUGUGAGGCUGGAGAUUGAGUCCAACAUCUGCAGGGAGGGGGGGCCUCUCCCCAACUGCUUCACCACUCCCUUAAGGCAGGCAUGGACAACCAUGGAGACGGUUUUCCUACCUGGUUUCUUGUCCAGCAACCUUUACUACAAAUACUUGAAUGACCUCAUCCAUUCAGUACGAGGAGAUGAAUUCCCAGGAGGGAACAUUGCACUGAGUAUUCAUGGCCCUGGUAGCUCUCCUGACACUGAUUUCAUAGGGAGCACGGAUGGCUCUGCCUCCCAGUCCAAUGUCAAAAAGGCUAAUGUUAAAAUCCUGAAAAAUUUUGAUGAAGCAAUAAUUGUAGAUGCUGCAAGUCUGGAUCCAGAAUCUUUGUAUCAACGAACAUAUGCAGGGAAGAUGACGUUUGGAAGAGUCAGUGACCUGGGCCAGUUCAUCAGAGAAUCUGAACCAGAGCCUGAUGUCAAAAAAUCAAAAGGGUCCAUGUUUUCACAAGCAAUGAAGAAAUGGGUUCAAGGAAAUACAGAUGAGGCUCAAGAAGAGAUGGCUUGGAGGAUAGCAAAGAUGAUUGUCAACGACGUCAUGCAGCAGGCGCAGUGUGAGCAGCCUUUGGAGAAGGUCACCAAGGUAGGGGGUGGAAAAGCUGCUGUCUUCAGCUGGCUUCAGCCAGGCUGUGGGAGGAGCAGAGAGCUCUCACUUGCCUUCCUCCUGUGGCUGAAACCCACGCUGGUAAAUGUUCAAACCAGCAGAGCAUGAGAGGAAGAAACAAAGGUUGGAAGUGUUUCGGCCUACGUGUGAUGUAGGAAUUUCUCAACAGAUGCCUGCGGUGGUUCUCCUGUGCAAGAAUUAAACUUGUCUUAGUUUAAUGAGUCUGCAAACUGCCUAAUUAGUUAAAAGGGUGAUCUGUGCUGCAGGAUGAAGUGUAAUUCCUUACUUGAGCUCACACUUGCUGUGUCCUCUUAGUCAGAAGUGGUAUUUCUGCUUGAAGUGUCAGUAAAACUCAACAGCUGUGAAUUUGUCUCACUGGGGGCACUCACACAAUUUUGUAUCCAGACUUUAAAAAGAUACAGUAGCCCUGUCCAUAGGUUUGUGUAUUGUUGCUUAGUGGCUGUGUUGUGUUCUCUGUCUAAGAACUGUAGCUUGGUUCUUAGGUAGCAGUUGGAUUUUGUGAAAUACUGGUGACGGCAGGUUACCAAGUUAAUGUCUGGUACUUCUGACUUUCAGGCAUGUGAGUUUGUUAAAAUUAACUUGCAUUGUGUUCAGUUAUUGAAGGUAAACAUGUG